AUGGACCGAGAAUGGGGUUCGAAGCCUGGGAGCGGUGGCGCCGCCUCUGCCCAAAACGAAGCCAUCGACCGCCGUGAGAGGCUGCGCAGGCUCGCCCUUGAGACUAUCGAUCUUGCGAAAGAUCCAUAUUUCAUGCGCAAUCACCUUGGAAGCUACGAGUGCAAGCUAUGCUUAACACUGCAUAAUAAUGAGGGGAAUUACUUGGCGCACACACAGGGGAAAAGACAUCAGACCAAUCUGGCGAAGAGAGCUGCUCGGGAGGCGAAAGAUGCUCCUGCACAGCCCCAGCCUCACAAGCGUAAAGUUAAUCUCCGAAAGACAGUUAAAAUUGGCCGGCCUGGUUACCGAGUGACAAAGCAGUUUGAUCCGGAGAUGAAGCAAAGGUCUUUGCUCUUCCAGAUUGAAUAUCCUGAAAUUGAAGAUAAUACCAAACCACGGCAUCGGUUUAUGUCAUCCUUUGAGCAGAGAGUCCAAUCUUUUGACAAGAAUUAUCAGUAUCUUCUGUUUGCGGCCGAACCAUAUGAAAUCAUUGGUUUUAAGGUUCCUAGUACAGAAAUUGACAAAUCCACCCCCAAGUUCUUCUCUCAUUGGGACCCAGAUUCCAAGAUGUUUACAUUGCAGCUAUACUUCAAAACAAAACCACCAGAGGCAAACAAGCCUUCUGCUGCAACAACUAAUGGAACAUCAGCUCCUGGUGUUCCACCACCUAGGCCUCUGGCUCCACCACCACAAGCUCCUCCACCACCUCCACCUGCACCACAAGGACCACCACCAGGAUCAUCUAUAGAAAAUUCUUCUAGAGGUCCUCUGCCGCCUCCACCUCCAAUAGGAAAUGGACCGAGGCCUAUGCCGCCUGGUGGGAACCUACCUGCCCCACCACCUCCCCCUUUCGGUGGCGGCGGUAUGCCAAGCUUCACACCCGGGAACCAGAUAGGUAGGCCGAUGAUGCCACCACCUCCACAAGGUUUUCAAGGGCAGCAAAUGCAGAACCAAGGAAUGCGCCCUCCACCUCCACUGCCUCAAUAAUUGGCCAGUUUCUUAAGUUCAUGAUCUCCAGAAUUUGUAAUCAGAUACUGUAUGUACCCGUUGUCGUGUUUUUAGAAACAAAGCAACCACAAAUUUCAUUUUUUUUUAUUGUGCACCAAGUUCGUGUACCGAGAACUUUUGGAAUUUUUUGGGUGAUUUGCAAUUUGGUUGCAAGACUAGUAUUCUGUACAUGAGUCUGUUCCAAAUCUCUUAACAAUUCAAUCUUGUGGAUGUUUUCUUGGCAAGUCAUGAUUUCUGGAUUUAAACAUGUAGAGAUGCACCAAGAAGUGUCCUU